AUGGAUCAGGCUUUCGCUGCAGUGAAGUUGCAGAACAUGUACCGGAGUUUUCGCCACCGGCGCAUGUUAGCGGACACCAUCAUAAUGGAGCUCUGGGGGCACGCGAUAGACUUUGCGAGACUGAAUAUCAGCACAACUUUCUUCUUCCAGUGCAUCAACGAGAGAAGUUCUAACACUCGGUGGACUCGGAUUGGCUUCAAUGCUUCUAUCGUGGGCAGAGGAGUGUCUGAAAACGACGAGGCGCAAAUAUUGGCUUUUCAGCAUUGGAUUGAAGCUAUUGAUCCAAGGCAUCGCUAUGGGCAUUACUUACGUUUGUACUACAACCGAUGGUGUGCAUCGAAUGCUGGUCAGCCUUUUUUUUACUGGAUGGAUCUAGGAGCUGGCAAAGAGAUCGAUCUCCCAGAAUGCUCGAGAUCAAUGCUUCACGAACAAAGCGUUAAGUAUCUUGGACCUCUAGAGAGGAACCAAUACGAAUAUACCGUUUCUGAGGGGAAAGUUAUCCAUAAACAGAGUGGGCAUUACCUUCAUACAACUAGAGGACCACAAGGUGCCAAAUGGAUAUUCGUUGUGAGCACCUCAGGCAGGCUCUACGUCGGAAAGAAAGAGAAAGGAAGGUUCCAUCAUUCUAGCUUCUUGGCUGGAGGAGCCACAAUAGCUGCCGGAAGCCUAGUGGCAGAGCACGGAAUUCUCAAGUCCAUAUCUGGAUGCAGUGGACAUUACAGGCCUACAAAUGAGAGCAUUGAACGCUUUUUAUUCUUUCUAGGAGACCAUGGAGUGAACCUUAAGGGAGUUCAGAUAGACAGGGUUACCCCUGUAAUUGCUUGCUAGUGCGGUUGGCACGACUUGAGCUAGGAGCCGG